GCCGCCCCAGCUCUGCCGUGCCCGCCGCUGCCGCCCGCAGCACCAGCUGCAUCCCGGGGACAUGGCGGAGUAGCCGCGGUCCAGGGAGCACGGGCAACUCCGAGCAGUUAGUUAUGGUACCUCCCGACAGCUGAAGUGGAGGUAGGUGGUGGCAGCCUGGCAGCCGGCGGCUUGCAGUUUGACCUCGAUUUGUUUUUGGGACUGCAGGCUGGAGCGGUACGUCCGGUGAGCUGGGAGAGAUAUAAAACCAGGUGGAAUUGGGGCAGCAGCAACGGGACGGGAGUCCCCUCCCCCCGCCGCCGCCUCCUUGCCCGGUAUGUCAGCACUGCCCUGCUGAGACGUGCAAAGAGUUUUGGGGUUAACUUGCGCCUGGCUGCCCCUGGAAUAGAGGCUCUCCGGAUAUCGGAUCAGUUGGGGUUUUUGUCUAUGUCGUGCUGGGAAAUCUGGUGGAAUUUUUUCUCGCUCGAGGAGGAAGAGCCCGGUGCUGGCAGUUUGCUUCGUGGUCUUUUUUGUAGGGCGAAGAAAGGGAAGGGAUCUUGCUUGAGCCGUGCAGAGAGGGAGCUCGGACAUGUGUUGUCAGCACAUCUGGGGAAUACAGUCUGCAAGUCUGAAGGGAAAUUUGCUGGGAUCGUUCAAACUGCAGUAUUGAUCUUGGUUAUUUUUUUUCGCCGAGGGAUGCACUUGGCAUGAGAAUCAGAGGAUGGAAAUUGUUUGGGAGGUGCUUUUUCUUCUGCAAGCGAAUUUCAUCGUCUGCAUUUCAGCUCAACAGAAUUCACCAAAAAUCCAUGAAGGCUGGUGGGCUUAUAAGGAGGUGGUCCAGGGAAGCUUUGUUCCUGUGCCCUCCUUUUGGGGUUUGGUGAACUCAGCUUGGAAUCUUUGCUCUGUUGGUAAAAGACAGUCACCUGUCAAUAUUGAAACCAGCCAUAUGAUUUUUGAUCCCUUCCUAACUCCUCUUCGCCUAAACACAGGAGGAAGAAAGGUCAGUGGGACAAUGUACAACACAGGGAGACAUGUGUCCCUGCGGUUAGACAAGGAGCACCUGGUGAACAUCUCCGGGGGACCAAUGACCUACAGUCACCGCCUGGAGGAAAUCCGAUUACACUUUGGCAGCGAGGACAGCCAGGGAUCAGAGCACCUCCUCAAUGGACAGGCCUUCUCUGGGGAGGUUCAGCUGAUCCACUAUAACCAUGAGCUAUACGCAAAUGUCACAGAAGCUGCUAAGAGUCCUAAUGGGUUGGUGGUAGUUUCCAUAUUUAUGAAAGUAUCUGAAUCAUCAAAUCCAUUUCUAAAUCGUAUGCUUAACAGAGACACCAUAACAAGAAUAACAUAUAAGGAGUAAGUUUAUUUCAUUUCCUCUGAUGAUGCAUACUUACUACAGGGUCUUAAUAUUGAGGAACUUUAUCCAGAGACAUCUAGUUUCAUUACAUAUGAUGGGUCAAUGACAAUUCCACCCUGCUAUGAAACAGCAAGCUGGAUAAUAAUGAACAAACCGGUUUACAUAACUUCUUUAUAGAUGCAUUCUUUACGACUGCUAAGCCAGAAUCAGCCAUCACAGAUAUUUUUGAGCAUGAGUGACAAUUUCAGACCAGUCCAGCCUCUCAACAAUCGAUGUAUCCGAACCAAUAUCAACUUUAGUUUACAGGGAAAAGAUUGUCCAAACAAUAGAGCACAGAAACUACAGUAUAGAGUAAAUGAAUGGCUCCUCAAAUGAGACAGAACAAGCAGAACCCAAAUCUUCAGUGGAAUGCUCCUUCUGGGAAUUGACAUCAUCUACAAUGCACCCGACCUCCCUCUCUGAGCUCACGUGCACCAUGUGCUGUGGGAAAAGAUCUGCCAUACUGGAAAACUCCUCAAAAUUCAUUCAUGUGAUUGGUGGCCAUUUCAAAACAUAACAAAACAAAACAAAACAAAGUAAGACAAACAAAGAGAAAGUAUUACAGUAAAACAAUUUACAAUUUUUCUGAACUAAUUUAGAGUGACAAAGAAAGACUUUUCAGCCUGUGUACAUAUGAAAUUCUUCCUCUUCUCUCCCCCACUCCUUCAAUUGAAAACAAAAAAAAAAAAAAAAAAAAAAAAAAGGUGGCUCAGUUCAGCAUCAAAGUGGAGUUGUGUUCUGUGUGCCCAAGUAAUCCUUGGAAAACUCUCAUUAAUUCACUAUCAUUAAUGGAUACUGACAGAACAUGACUACUGUAAAAGGAAACUUAUUUCUAGGUUAUGAUCUUUCUGUUAAAUUGAUUUAAAAAGGGACAGACUUUGAGAGAUAAGUAUUGUAAAUACAUCACUGCAGAAUAUAAAGGAAAUUGAAAUAUUUCCCUCUGUCACAUAGCUGUAGUAGGAUUUGGCAAAAUCAGAAUAUAUCUGUUUUCUAUUUCUUGUUUUAUGACAGAUCAUACAUUGUGUUGGUUACUAUUAACAUCUCAAUAAAUGUGUUUAACAAAUUAAUUUAGUUAAGUUGCUUUGAUUUCUCUUUUCCUUUCUGAAAUAACAAGCCUCUACUACUUGUGGAUGCAUUAUUUGUGUUUUUCUCUUUUUUCUUCUUUUUUUUUUUCCUUUCUUUUUUAUUUCAUUUUAUUGUUUGCAGCCAAUUCAAGUGAGUUAAUGACAACUGGGAAAGCAUUUAGAGAUGGUAUAACUUUACUUUCUAGUCCAUCAUUAACUGGGCUCAGAAGCAGAAAGCAGUUGAAAAAAUAUCUGUUUAAAAUUGUCACUUUCCUUGCUGGAGCCAUUAUUGGGACCAACAUUCAAAAACUGGUCAUAAAAGGGAUAUUUUUUUUCUUUACAGAUAAAGCAGGAGCUGACCAAGUGAAAUCAAAUGCCCUUUUUUCUUAUUUAUAAUGGUCAUUUCACUGUGUUCGGUUACUCGUCAAGACCUCAAUAAAUGUGUUUAACAAGUUC